AUGGCGAACGUCAAGGUAACCUAUGGUCAAAUCUCCCGCCGCUUCAAAGUCUCCUCAACCACCACAUGGUUAGACUUCGAAUCACAACUUCGUUCCCUUUUUAAAAUACCCAUGAGCACACCGAUCACCGUUUCUUAUAAUGAUGAAGACGGCGAUGUCAUCACGCUUUCUAGUGAUCUCGAACUCUCAGAAGUCUUAUCCCCUACUCGAGAAUAUGACAGUGAAAAUUUGAAAAAUAGUGAUGGUGCUUUAUUAAAGUUUGUAAUAACUGUAUCUGACGAAGAGGAUGCGCAAAUCGAUAAUGGUUGGAUGUUUGAAGGUAGCACGAUGAAUACCAAAAGAGGAUGGGUUAAUUCGACCAAUAAUAAAAGUAAUGAAAAUAGUGACGAUGAGAGUUAUAACAAUAAUGUGAUUUAUAGCGAUAGCGAAGGUAGCUCUGGUGAAGGGGGUUUCUCGGAAGAAAUCAACAAGCAGGAGUCCAUUAAUACACCGGUACAUAGACAUGUGACUUUGUCGGAAGAAACUGAAGAACCAACCUUCGAACCUACAGUUUCAUCCGUACAAGCACCACCAAAUGAAGAAAAACAACAAAGAAAGUCUGAAACAUUACAACACGAGACUGUUGGUGAAACUUCGUUCGCUUUCCUUCCGUCGUCUUUUUCGUCCAAUUCUGAUGCCAUACGAAAUGAUGAUCAAUCACCUAGGGUUCACGAUCAAGAAUCACAAGAUUCGGAAGACCAUGAAAACCCGAAUAGUUUGGAUAUCAACUUUGUUAUAUUUAAUCCGUGGCUACAACUUCCAUGUUUUAGUUCUAGGUUCUUGUCGUUUGCCCAUCCAUUUUUUUCUCGUCACACUCGAUUUUCCGAUCGUAUAUAUUCGCCAUUUAAUAGCAGGCGAGGUCGAUUCGCUCGUUGGCGGGUCUAUCAUCAUCCACGUCAAUGCAUAACCGGUUCUAUUUUUAAAGGAAUUAUGAAAACUAUACUUUUUGUCUCUCUCUUUGUUACUUUUGUGAAGCUCUCUCUUAUCGCCUUCUGUCCAAUCAUAACUAUAUUCUUGUUAUGGAAGGGAUUGACUUUUGUUAAUAGUUUCCACCGCGGGCGUGGUUAUUAUGAUGAGCGGGGACAAAUUUGUCACGAACAUUGUUGCUCAAGUGUAGGUAACCGAGAGGAAUAUGGGAGGAGAAAUAUGAGUUGUAAUAAUUCAAGGUCAUUCUCGAAUCAACAGUGUGGAACGGGCAGUACUAUUUCAGAAAAUGACGUUAAAGAGAGGGUAGAAGUAUUAAAGUCAAUGGGAUUUAGGGCGAAUGAUGAAGAGCUAGGGGAGUUGGUUAGGAGGUAUAGAGGGAACUUGGAUGGAGUUAUUGAUCAGCUACUGUAUUGA